AUUGUUGGGCUUUGGAGUUUGACGUGCCUCGUUUGGAGUGCUCGUGCCUCUUUCCCCCCUUGCCUCUUCCUUACGGUCGCAAAUCCACACCAUCGUAGAGUCACUUCCUCUGAUUCUACGAUUCGCCUCCCACGCUUUUCUUCUCCCCUUAUCUAGAUCCUCCUUUCCAUGCACUGGUGUAUGGUCGGAACUUGCAGAUAAGGGUCGACAAUCUAGCGCCGCUAUUUUUUCGCUGCUAUAUCUUAAUCUCCUAUCGAUAACACCUCCACCGCUCUCGCGCCCAUUCAACAGCUUUCGCAUGGCAUGUUUCGGCUGCUUCCUUGGUCCUCUGCAAUCGGAGGGAAUAAGGUGAUGGCGGAGGAGGUCAAGAUGCUCGCUACUGCGCCGCCUUGCGCUUCUCCAGGCGUCAACGGCCUGCCCUUGCCUCAGUUGAAGCGCAAACGCUCUCAUUCCAGCGAUUCCGCCACAGAUCGCGAUGCCCCCGUCGCAACCAAAUUGCGCCCGGACGAUGCGACAAACAACGCCACCCCAUCUAGACAGACCUCUUCGUCGCAGGAGCCUACUCCGACCAGUGACGGUUUCUCGCAUUCACCACAUCGUCGCCAGGGCUCAUCCUCGACUUCCAUCGCCGAUCAGGCCACUACUCCGCGCAAGGUGAAUGUGGAAAAGCUACGAGAAACGCUUGAAGCCCAACUGAGCUUGGAAGUGUUAUUGAAGCACAAUGAAUUACGGUUAAUUGAUCAGGAGAUCGCCAAGUGCCAGGUUGCGAUGGAACAAUUGCGUCGCUGCGCUGAGAUUCCUUACCCGGGAUCCAACGUCGCUGGACUGUCGCAAUCGGUAAGCAAUGGAACGGGAAUUGCGGUGCUCCCGCCUGGAAAUGGUCCGGCACCGUUCUCUCCAGCCCCAUGGGGUGUCGCCGAUGGGCCGUAUACGCGCCACUAUGCCAAGUGGCUGAUACCGGAUCCGCGUUUCGAUGGAGGCGAGUUUGAUCCUGUAAUGACACCCUUGGCUACAAGCGCCACGGGCUCUUUUCCGAUGAUGGAGGGCCGCUCAACACGGGGUAAUCCCAGUGACGGUGGUUAUAUGGCUAGCAAAUCCCGACCGCAAAGGGGUUCGGGUGGUGCGAAGCUACAAUCUUUGCCAACUGGCUAUCCUCCAACAAAGGAACGGGCGGGUCCCAUGAUGAUCCGACGAAAGUCGGACGGUGUUCUUGUCAAGCUGGUGUGUCUGGACUGUCGCAGAGACAACUUCUCCAGCACCCAAGGUUUCAUCAAUCACUGUCGUAUCGCACAUAACCGCAACUUUGCCAGCCACGAUGCAGCUGCCACCGCAUCGGGCGAACCUGUUGAGGUGGACGAUGCGGGUGUCGUCGUUGGGGGCAAGAGUCACGAAACUCCAAGUGUCGCCGCUCCUGGCUACGUUCAUCCGUUGGUUCGCUCUGCCCAUGUGAUUGAACCGUCCGCGACACCCUCUGCACAAGAUGUGGUCAAGGAUGCAACACCUCGAAAGCAAUCUGGAGUCAGCCAGUCGUCCCCAGCGGUGGAAACACCCCGUCCUUCUGCAGGUCGCCCUCGACCAGGGAAACGGAAUACGCCCGGAGCGGUGAAAGCCUCAAAUGAUUCGUUCAUGGCCUCCCCUGCUACCCCGCAUCUUUCGUCUUUGAUGCAAGUCAGAGGUGUUGGCGUUGACCUUGAUCAACUGGUUGGAGAGGCCAAGAUAACGGUCGAUCUCGGGGCAUAUUCUUCUGAGGAUGCCGAGUCGGAUGACGAUUCGCUGCAACCUUCGACGGACACGAGCCAGGGAAGCCAGCAGGCUCUUGGUUCGCGUGUUGGCAGGCAGCCAAUGCGGACGACAGUUGGACAAACAGCUUCCCAGCGACCGAACAGUCGUAAAGGACUUGAUCAUAUGGGCCCCCAACCACUUACUUUGGACUCCCUGACACCAACACGGUCUGUACCUUACACUUCGCCCUACGGACCGGCGUCAUCUCUGUCUCGGCCACCUCAAGGUGAUGAACUUCGGGAGGUCGACGGUAUGGAUCAUUCUGCAAAUCUCAGCCCGAACACUCUCGAGUCCAAUCAAGCCCCGAGUCUGGUGAGCGACGAUGACGACUUCGAGGUAGUUUCAGAUUCUGAGAGCCCCGGUCCCAGCUCUUCCGAGGCAGGGGAUAACGAUCAGGACUUCAGCCACGUUGACGUGGAAGACGACGAAGACACCACGACGUCGAACGGCACGGCGGAUCCCAAGUCUGACCCAGGGCUGGCGAGCCCUGCGACUCAUAACGCAGCACCUUUGUCGAAAUCUCUCCGGCGAGGCAAUUCGAAGAAAAAGGAUCGAUUCCUUUCGAGUUCACUUGAACCGCUGGAACGGGGCAAGGAUGAGAAGCGGGUGGGGUUUGUCAAUCCGGAUAGCAGUCCUGGCAAGGGCAAAAAGGACAGCCAUCGAAAGUCCCGGUGAAUUCUACCUUUACCUUAUGAGGGGCUAGUACCCCUCUACCGUGUGUAAUUUUGUACCUCUCUUCUCCUUCUCUGUAUGAGACUCGAGUUAAUUUUCUUUUUUAUAAUUCCUGUGGGCAUGGCGCCUUGUUUGAUAUUUGGAACGGUUCAGUUUUCGGGAUGGAAUAUGGGAUGACUGGGCCUUUAUGGAUUGAUUUUGACCUGUUCAGCGUCUAUCCCUCUGGGAUAUACAGUUACGACUUUUCAAUGAUUCGCCU